AUGCUACCAAGAGCUCUUGGAACUAAGCGUUUAUGCUUCUUUACAGCAGUACAAACGCGAAACAAGAUCACGGUUCCAGCUGCUGGAGGCGCCAUAAGACAUCGUCGUGUGAAGCGUCAAAUUCCCAAUGACAAAUUUGCAGCACUAUCCGUGGCGUUCUUUGACCGUGUUGAGACUGCAAUGGAGCCACUUUAUCCACCAACCAACAAUGAAUUUCAGCUCAAACGUGAUGGAAAUAAGGAGCUUGUCAUUUGCACCAAUGCUCAGGAAUUUACAAUCAAGGUGCUGUCAUCCAAGCAGCAGAUUGAAUUGGUGUCUCCGGUAUCCGGUUUGCGUACAUACAAUUGGAAUGUCAUGACCAAGCGGUGGGAAAACGAGGCUGACUCCCACGACAUUGAAGGACUUCUUACGCGCGAUUUGAUGCGCUAUUGCGCUGGCAUUCCGCUCUUUUGA